GGGAAAAGGCCAGAUUGCAUCAGACAGGGCCUGAGGGGUUGGAGCCAGACUGUGGGCUGAGGAGGAGACUGUGGCCUUGUAAGUUGGGGCCAGUGAAUUGGGAGGUGUCAGCAAAGCAGACACAAACAAAGCUUUAGAAGACGAGAGAGAGAGAGAGAGAGAGAGAGAGAGAGAGAGAGAGAGAGAGAGAGAGAGAGACAGACAGACAGAUAGACAGACAGACAUCAUGGCCACCAUCCCGAGAGCAGCCAGCCCGUCCAGGCAGCCCCCAGGCCCAGAGGAUGAAGACCCCAACCUGGAUGAGUAUGACCUCUACAGCCUGGCUCAUUCUUACCUGGGAGUGGGAGGCCGGAAAGGUCGCACCAAGAGAGAAGCCGCCGCCAAUACCAACCGUCACAGCCCUGGUGGGCACGAGAGGAAGCUGGUGACCAAGCUCCAGAACACGGAGCGGAAAAAGCGAGGGGCACGGCCCUGAGACAGAACUCGAGAUGAAGUCAGAGCACGGACACCCCACAGCGACGGAGACAGAACUGCGAGGAACCAGCCCCUGGGGCGGGAUCCAGGCCUGCUUGCCCCCGCCCCCAGGACUUAGCCCACCUGACUGAGGUUCUGAAGGGCCACCAACGAAGCAGCCCCAGCCCCAGAAAAAAAAACAAGAUGGGGAACAAGAGGCAGAGAAUAGAGAGAGGCAGAAUCAUGAAGGUACCCCUCAAAAAGAAAGAAGAAACCGGAGCUCCCCAGGGUGACAGCAACAAUAAACAAAGUACAGCA